GGUUGCUUUUCUACUACUCUUACUAUACAUAUUCAAUAGUAUUGAAUGGAACAUCAUCAUGCCCCUACUACUCCAGAGAGUAGCAAGAAGGCAGCAGCAGCAGCCAUGAGAUAUGCCCAAUGGCGGCUAACACCGUCCUCCACAGGGAGUGAUGAUGAUACUAAUAGAGCAGUGCCUAGCAUUAGCGGUUAUCCAGGGACACUAGCUUAUCGUUGCUAUCGUGAUGGUGGUAAUGAUGACACAUAUCGAUCCUCCUCAUCGACUGCCGACGAUCGUUUGAGAUUCUUCGCAUUCUCGGCCUUGGAAGAAUUGAGUGGUACUAUGAGACCCAACCAAGGACCCAAGGAAGCGGCUUCACAUCUGGAUUACAUGCUUGAUGUUACGAGAGGAGAUGAACCAAGCAGCCCUGGCGAUGAGCUACCUGAUGAUGAUGAUAAGACAACACCGUCAUCAUCAUCAUCAUCGACCUCCCCAUCCCCCAUUGCCCCAACUAGCCAUGAAGACCACCAUGAUGCAAAGGAGACUGCAGUGGAGGAUACAUCUACUGUAUGGCAGGAUAGACUAUGUGCUCGAUGGGAUGUGAUACGACUCAUCCUGGUAGUUAUGUGUCCUUUAGUGCUUAUAGCUGCCAUUGUGUGGCUGGUAUAUGAUGCAUAAAUGGUCUAAGAUGGACAGGAUUAGAUUAACGAUAGUGAAUGUAGUUAACUAGCAUUGUUCCCAUUAUAUAAACCCUCUUUACUAUCUAUACUAGUCUUACUACUACACUAUAAGUACCAAAGGAGCCAUGCCGGUCACCAACAUCGGGUAGAGUGCCCUCAUCCAUUAUUGGUCUCCCCUUAGACUACUCGAACUGCUAAUUACUCUCAUUACAUUUCGCCACUCUUGUGGCUCUUCAAUAUUCCAACAUCGCUCUUCAUAGUGGCAACAGUAUUGUGUACAUACUGUGUCGAUAUAUAGAUCUAUCCCAUAACUACCACUAACCCACCAUAAGCAUUAAUAAGUUCAUCUUGCUCAUUAUCUCUCUACCAUUCAUUACUUUAUAGUUAUUUUUCUGUUCAACGUGUCUGUGGGUG